GGUGGCCCCAGCCCGCCUUCUGGUCGUUCGGCUCCUGAAGUUUGCAAUGGGACUGGCUCCCGCUCCGGGAGACCCCAGUCACCCGGCUCUGCGUGGGGACGCGAAGGGCUGCCGCUGAGCCGAGGGGGCGUCUCGUCCGCUGCGCCACCAACUCUGCGAUUCCUCAGGCCUGUAGGGGAUAGGGUAACGUCGGGGCUGGAGAAUCAAACCGUCUCCCCGAGGGGCCCCAAAUCGCCCUCCCUGCGUUCGCCCUAGGGCCCCGAAAGGGGUCUCGCUCUCCAGCGACCCUUGAUCCUCUGCAAAGAGCCCCAAUUCCUGGGCCAUCAUCUGGAGUCCAUCGCGGAGUGGGCACGGGCAGAGAGGCGCCCCCUCCCCUCCUCGGCGACCUGCUGGCCCCACCCCCGCCGAAACCAAGUUCAACAAGUUUGGCCAAGAAGUCCUAGAACCUUCAUGGACAGAUCACAGUGGCAGCUUGGAGUUGGACGUCCAGGUCCCUGAAGUGAUCUUUAGACUCCAGCCCCAAAUCUGCCACCAUUCCGUGCUGCGGGGACACCAUGGCUCCAGAAGAGGACGCUGGAGGGGAGGCCUUUGGGGGCAGUUUCUGGGAGGCUGGCAACUAUAGGCGGACAGUGCAGCGGGUGGAGGAUGGGCACCGACUGUGUGGGGACCUGGUCAACUGCUUUCAGGAGCGCGCUCGCAUUGAGAAGGCCUAUGCCCAGCAACUGGCCGACUGGGCUCGCAAGUGGAGGGGUGCCGUGGAGAAAGGCCCCCAGUAUGGCACAUUGGAGAAGGCCUGGCAUGCCUUCUUCACCGCAGCCGAGCGACUGAGCGAGCUGCACUUGGAGGUGCGGGAGAAGCUGCAUGGGCCAGACAGUGAACGAGUUCGAACCUGGCAGCGGGGGGCCUUCCACCGGCCAGUGCUGGGUGGCUUCCGCGAGAGCCGGGCUGCAGAGGAUGGCUUCCGCAAGGCCCAGAAGCCCUGGCUAAAGAGGUUGAAGGAGGUUGAGGCUUCCAAGAAGAGUUACCAUGCAGCCCGGAAGGAUGAGAAGACAGCCCAGACCCGGGAGAGCCAUGCAAAGGCAGACAGCGCCAUGUCCCAGGAGCAGCUGCGUAAACUGCAAGAGCGGGUGGGACGCUGCACCAAGGAGGCAGAGAAGACGAAAAUCCAGUAUGAGCAGACGCUGGCGGAGCUACAUCGCUACACACCACGCUACAUGGAAGACAUGGAGCAGGCCUUUGAGAGCUGCCAGGCUGCUGAGCGCCAGCGACUUCUCUUCUUCAAGGAUAUGCUACUCACCUUGCAUCAGCACCUUGACCUCUCUAGCAGUGACAAGUUCCAUGAACUUCACCGAGACCUGCACCAAGGCAUUGAGGCAGCCAGUGAUGAGGAGGAUCUGCGCUGGUGGCGCAGCACCCACGGGCCAGGCAUGACCAUGAACUGGCCACAGUUUGAGGAGUGGUCCUUGGACACACAGAGGACAAUCAGUCGGAAGGAGAAGGGUGGCCGGAGCCCCGAUGAGGUUACUCUGACCAGCAUCGUACCUACAAGAGAUGGCACUGCACCUCCACCCCAGUCCCCUGGGUCCCCAGGCAGUGGACAGGAUGAGGAGUGGUCAGAUGAGGAGACUCCCCGGAAGGCUGCCACUGGGGUGCGGGUGCGGGCACUCUAUGACUAUGCUGGCCAGGAAGCUGACGAGCUGAGCUUCCGAGCAGGGGAAGAACUGCUGAAGAUGAGCGAGGAGGAUGAACAGGGCUGGUGCCAGGGCCAGUUGCAGAGUGGCCGCAUUGGCCUGUACCCUGCCAAUUAUGUGGAGUGCGUGGGUGCUUGAGUACUCUGACAGUCCUGCGAUGUCUCUCCACCCUGGGUCAGAGCCCAGCUGCUCUUGGACAGCCGGACCCAAGGGCCCUGAACCAUCAUGCUGCUGCUGUCCCUCUGCCGGAGGAGGGAAGAAGUCCUGGGACCCAGGGAAGGGAGGGGCCUGUGUCUAGGAAGGGACUGAUAGGGAAGGGCCAACUGAGUCUAGGCCAAAAGCAGGAUGGGAGGUCAAAGGUGACAGAAGGGUUUAAGGAUGCCUGGGUCUCCCCAAGAGCUGAGGAUCCAGUUCCUGGACUGUUUAGGGGGUCCUGGGGGUGGGCUGGGGUG